GUGGCCUCAUAUUUUUUGAGACAAAGACAAUCCCGCUUCUAGUGAUCCUUCAUAUUUUUGAUUAAUUCCAUUAGGACGUGGAAAAACAAUAUACUCUCCUAUUAAUAUUCAUGCAUAAAGGUUUUCCAGUAUUCUUGAAGGUUAAGAUUAUUAUAUAUAGUAUAACUUAUUUUCUUGCAUGUUAUUCAUUCCUCACCUUCUAACAUCUUCUUUCCAUGAGUAAAGAAGUGAAUAUCUAGAAUUUAUUCUGGAAUUCAGCUGUUUUAGGUUACAGUGGCACGUCAUCUAACGGGCGUGGACUGUAACUACCCUAGUCCUUUCUAGAAUAUUGAGUUAGGAGGAUGAGGCAGUUGUUCUUUGGCGUNAAUGAGGAGAAGGCACAGCGUUGGUUUUCCAAGGUUUCUCAGAUGAACAAUGCAUCUGAUAUCGAUAGUGCAGCGGCUGAUGAAGAUUUUCCUGAAAUAAUGCCAUUGAGGAAAGGAGAAAAUAAAUUUGUCGUGAGCACAAGGAAAACACCCUUGGAAAGGAGAUUGGCGAACUCCCAGUACAACAUGAACUUGGGUAACAAUGUUAUCCCAGAAGACAUGUUUGAUAAAAAGAAUCAAACUUCAGUAAUGGAUGAGAAAGUGAAUGAAAAAGUUGGUAUCUUUCACUCUCCUGAGGCUAGUCACCAAACAAGUUCAGCAAGUGUCGGCAAUGACUUUGGAAUGUCCGUGGAGAAGUUGCAGUCAAAUCGCUCAUUCAGCAAGGAUAAAGAGAGAGAACAAGCUGAGAAGUCAGCGAGCUGGUUCAAGAAAAUUGCGGAGCUACAUGAUGUCAAAGACUUACCUAGUGCCAUCUCUGAUGAUGACUUCCCAGAGAUUAUGCCAAUGCGUAAAGGAGAAAACAGAUUUGUAGUUAGCAAGAAGAAAGAUCGUUCUUUGACUUCUCCAAUGUACAAAAGACAAGUGGCUAUGGAACAGGCAAACAAUAGUAGCAAAGAAGAAACUAUGCCUUAA